AUGGUCUUUGGCGAGCGCCCGAACGGAGAGCAACAUUUACAUUCAACUGUGCAUACAAUAGAAUUAGAGAAUGAAAGCGAACCCUGGGAAACUCACUGGAAGGUGCAGACUCAAGCAAUAGAGCAAGAGUACAGUGGCCCAAAAGAUGAAGAAAGUGCUCAUAUCAACGAGCAAGUACUGAAAAAAUUCACGAGCGCUAUCGAAAAAUGUGAUAUCGGCUAUGUUGUUCGGCUUCCAUUCAAAGAGACACAUGAGUAUCUAGCAGAUAACAGAGCUCCAGUAUUACGUCGUCUGAGGAGCGUAUUGCGUAAGUAG